GGUUCAGGACCUCGAUCAUGAAGCUAAAGCUGUUGUCCCCUGACCCUAAAGUCUGGGCCACCAGGCACUGGCUUGGCUAUGGUCUUCCCUUCACCAUCUUCAUCUUCAUGUUGCUGUUCUACCUGACGGGAGAGAAGCACAAAGAUGAGCUCACAGACUGUGGAUUCAGGGCUCAGCUCUGUGUUCCAGAGAGGUCUCUGACUUCCCAGGUGGAACCCAAACUGAAAUCAGGUGUUCAUUGCCUAGGACCAGACAAGCUGCCAGGUCAAAUGGUUAGGCCUUUCAGGGAGAGUUUAACAAUUGAAAGAGAUCUGCGGAUGCCAGAGUUUUUGGAUGGAUGGAGGAAACUGGUCAUGCUCCUGGAACCUCUGGGCACCCUCUUUUCCUUUGCCACCCAGGAAGCCUCCGCAAAACUCUCAGUCCUUGAGUCUUAUUCCCAAGGCCCCUACUCCAUCCAUUAUCAUACCUUCUCUGCCAUGGCUGACUGGGAGCAGGAUCCCUCUGAACCCACUUCUGGUCUCCGAAUUUUGGUGCUUCUGCAUCGAGCCCUGCGGUGGGCCCAGCUCUGCCUGAGCAGCAUCGCCAGAGUCCAGAAUACAGACAUAGGGGCUCUGUGUGGGGAAGCCUAUCAAAGGGUGCUAGGUCCCCACCACCCAUGGCUGGUCCGACAGGCAGCAAAUCUAGCCUUUCUAGCAUUCCCUAGACAGAGCCAGCUACUGGCAAUUGUAUGCCCAGGAGCCAAUGAACAGGAGGCCCAAGAGGCCCUAUCUGAGGUAGCUGAUACGUUAGAGACUGUCUACAACCGCACCCAAGGGCUGUUGACUGAAAGGGGACUGCUAAGAGGAGGAGUUACUCUGAAGUCUACUGGGGGUGGGUAGCAGGGCCACUGGAAAAACUCUGGGCUCCUAGACUGAAUGGUAGAAGAAGGGAAAUGACUGGAACAGCACUCUCCCAUAGUGACACAUCCUUUCAGUCCUGCUGAACCAAGAAAACUCUUAAGUUUUCCUCUGCAUCUUUCAUGACUAUCAGAUGGAAGAUGGAGGUAGGGUAAAUAAAAUUUUUUUGUAACUGUCAUUACAAGG